CCGCCGCCGCCCCGCACCGCCCGCGCCGCCGCCCCGCACCGCCCGCAUCGCCUCCCGCGCCAUGGCCGACUGGGCCCCCGCUGAGGAGCUGGAGCGCAUGAUGGAGCCCCAGGAGCUGGGCCUGGAGCAGCCGCUGCCCGCCCCCGAGCAGGGCCCCGGCGGCGAGGCCGAGCUGCCGGCCGCCGAGAUCUCCCUCACGCUGGUCACCGAGAUCCAGGCCGUGGACAGGAAGGUGGACACCCAGGCCGCCCAGCUGAUGAACCUGGAGGGCAGAAUGAGGAUGGCCGAGACGAAGCUGAUCGGCUGCGAGAAGACGGCGGUGGAGUUUGGGAACCAGCUGGAGAGCAAGUGGACGGCGCUGGGCACCCUCAUCCAGGAGUACGGGCAGCUGCAGAAGCGGCUGGAGAACAUGGAGAACCUGCUGAAGAACAGGAACUUCUGGAUCCUGCGGCUGCCCCCUGGGGCGAAAGGAGAAGUCCCCAAGGUCCCCGUGGCCUUCAACGAUGCCUCGUUUAACUUCUCUGAGGAGGAGUGGAAGAGCCUCAACGAGUGGCAGAAGGAGCUCUACAGGCACAUCAUGAAAGGCAACUACGAGGCUGUCAUCUCCAUGGACGCUGCCAUUUCCAAGCCUGAGCUGCUGACACGGAUUGAGCAGGGAGAGGAUCCCAAUGCUGAGGAUCAGGAGGAGUCUGAGGGAGGAGAGAGCCCCACGGACCCCACCAGUGAGUUUUUCUUCCCUGGGCCUGACGACAGCUCGUGGGGUAAAUACGAAGAAACUCUGGCUGAAAGCCAUGAAGGCUCUGAGGAAGAGGAGAACAUGGAGGUCCCUGGUACAUACGAACAGCCGUGCGAUGAGGAAGGCUCCGAGAGCCUGGAGCUUUCCAGGUCCUUGACAGGAAAGUGGGAAGAGGUUUUCUCCAGCCCAGAGGAGGAGAUGCAGUCGAGCAGCAAGAGCCAGAGCGGGUCGGCCCCGCCGCAGCGAACGGCGACAGGGAACGGGCUGAGGCGCUCCGUGCGCCGCGGGAGAGACUUGGCCAGGAAGGAGCCCGAGACGGCGGCGGCCGACAAGGGGCCCUACAUCUGCUGUGAGUGCGGGGAGAGCUUCCUGGACAAGCAGCUCUUUGCCAGCCACCAGAAGGCACACGCCAGCGAGGAGGCCUGCACGUCCCUGGAGCGCGGUGAGAGCUUCCGGCAGAAAUCCAAAGCCAAGGGCCAGGGCGCCUCCCGCUCCAAAGCGUCCAAGCGCCCCGACGCAGAGAAGAGCUCGGGAUUCAAGUACGGCUUCGUCAGGCACCAGGUGAACAACAUGGUGGAGAGGCCCUACACCUGCUCCCAGUGCAAGGAGAGCUUCAGCCUGGAAGUGAGUCUGAUCCUGCACCAGAAGCUGCACACGGGGAAGGGCGACGGGCCUCUGACGUGCACCUACUGCGGGAAGGACUUCCGAGACCUCUCCAAAGCCAUCCGCCACCAGCGCAUCCACACCGGGGAGAGGCCCUACCAGUGCACCGAGUGCGGCAAGAGCUUCAUCCGGCGGGACCACCUGCUCAAGCACUGGCGGGUGCACACCGGGGAGACCCCCUACCAGUGCCCCGUCUGCGGGAAGCACUUCCGCUACAAAGAGUCCCUGAAUUGCCACCAGAAAAUCCACUCCCGCAACCCGCGGCCCGGGGAGGAUUCCCAGCACAACAUGGGCUCGGCGGGCACCCAAACCGACCACUUCUGCGUGAAAAAAGAGACUAAGCAGGUGUCACUGGCACCAGCUGGGCUGUGGUUCCCCUCUGGCCCGAGGGAACGGCGCCGCUGGGCCGACACGCGGACUCCUGGCAAUGAAGUCCCCGGUGCCGUGAGGGGGGCCCCGACGGGGCGGGGCGCUGAUGCCGUGGGGCCGCCAGGGGGCGCUGUGCGGCGCGCGGCCGCCCCGCUCCGCCCCGCUCGGCGCGCGGUCCGGCGGCGGCAGCGCCCCCUGGCGGCGCGGCGGGGCAGCGGCGCGGCCGGAGCGCCGGACCCGGACCCGGACCCGGAGCCGCGCUCGGCGCCGGAGCCGGUGCGGCCGCCGCGCUGCCCCUCGCCCCUCCGGCCGGCGGCCGGCCCCGAGCGCACCUCGGAGCGGGAGACGCAGACAGCAGAGCUGUCCCUGACCGUGGUGGCGGCCGUGCAGGCGGUGGAACGGAAGGUGGAUUCCCACUCUACCCGCCUGCUCGACCUGGAGGGUCGGACGGGGAUGGCGGAGAAGAAGCUGAUCGACUGUGAGAAGACGGCGGCGGAGCUGGGGAACCAGCUGGAGAGCAAGUGCGCGGCUCUGGGCACCCUCAUCCAGGAGUACGGGCUGCUCCAACGGCGGCUGGAGAACAUGGAGAACCUGCUGAAGAACAGGAACUUCUGGAUCCUGCGGCUGCCCCCAGGCAGGAAAGGGGAAGUCCCCAAGGUGCCGGUGACCUUUGACGAUGUGUCCGUCUAUUUCAAUGACAAGGAAUGGGAGAAGCUGGAGGAGUGGCAGAAGGAGCUGUACAAGAAUGUGAUGAAGGGGAACUACGAGUCUCUGAUCUCCCUGGACUAUGCAAUUUCCAAACCUGGUGUUUUGUCUCAGAUCGAGCAAGGGGAGGAAUCGCGGGGCAGGAAUGAGCAGGACCUGGAGGAGAGUGAGAUCAUUACUGAUGCCACGGCAGCUGGAAUAAGGGUUGUGAUCAAAACCGAGGAGCUCCUUCCUGAAGACAGCCCCGAGAACCCCGAGCUGCACGGGAUGUCGGGGCAGUCCGAGGGCAGCUUCCAGAGCCCAGAUGAGGAGGCAGCCUGUGAGAGCCCCUACAGCUCCGUGUCCCCACCUAGGGACCUCCCGGGGACCAGCCUGGGGGACUCGUCCGAGUACGGAGCCGACUUCAACGAGAUCCAGAGGGUCAUUGUUCACCACGGGAGCUGCACAGAAGAUGGGAUCGUGAUCAAGACGGAGGAGGAGGAGGAGGAGGAGGACGACGACCCCGACGCGCUGGAGCCGUGUGCCGUGUUCUCGGGCCGCAGCGAGCCGCCGGCGUUCCCCAGCCACGAGGCCGGGCUGGGCUGCGAGGCGCAGUGCAGCUCCAAGGCGCAGCCCCGCAGCCUGGCCCGCAUCAGGAAGCCGUCGGCCUGCGAGAGGGACUCGGGGGACGUGAAGCCGGCCAGCGGCCAGCAGCGGAACCGGACGCGGGAGAGACCCUACAUCUGCCCCGAGUGCGGGAAGAGCUUCAUGCUCAAGAUCAACUUCAUGAUCCACCAGCGCAACCACCUCAAGGAAGGGCCCUACGAGUGCCACGAGUGCGACCUCAGCUUCCGCAACAAGCAGCAGUUCCUGCUGCACCAGCGCAGCCACACGCGCCGCGGCGUGGGGGUCCCGCGGCGCCCCGAGCACGGCCUCAAGCCCCCGGCGCGGCCCCCGCCCCCGGGGAAGCCCUACAAGUGCUCCGAGUGCGAGAGCAGCUUCAGCCACAAGUCGAGCCUCAGCAAACACCAGAUCACCCACGUCGGGGAGCGGCCCUUCACCUGCGGCGAGUGCCGGCGGAGCUUCCGCCUGCAGAUCAGCCUGCUCAUGCACCAGAGGAUCCACGCCGGCAAGAACGAGAUGGCUUUCCUGUGCCCCCAGUGCGGCAAGAACUUCACUCGGCCCUCCCACCUGCUGCGGCACCAGCGGACUCACACCGGCGAGCGGCCCUACCAGUGCAGCCAGUGCGAGAAGACCUUCAGCGAGAAGUCCAAGCUCACCAACCAUUACCGCAUCCACACGCGGGAGCGCCCGCACGCCUGCGCCGUCUGCGGGAAGGGCUUCAUCCGUAAGCAUCACCUCCUGGAGCACCAGCGCAUCCACACGGGCGAGCGGCCCUACCACUGCACCGAGUGUGGCAAGAACUUCACGCAGAAGCAUCACCUCCUGGAGCACCAGCGGGCGCACACCGGCGAGCGGCCCUACCCCUGCACCGAGUGCACCAAGUGCUUCCGCUACAAGCAGUCGCUCAAGUACCACCUGAGGACGCACAUGGGAGAGUGAGGGGCUGCCGAGGCUUCCUCUCCCUCCCUCCAUCCCUCCCUUCCUUCCUCCUCGUCCUCCUUCUCCUCCACUGAUCUCUCCCACCUUUCCCUCCAUCCAUCUCCCCCCCACCCCGGCU